UACAUCGUUAUUUUGGGGAGAGGUGUCUCCAGAGACUUUUGGAGUUAGGAGCAAAGUGCCACAAAAGUGAGCCUGCCUCUAGCAUAGUCACGCAGCGAGUUAGUGUAUCCUGAGCUGUAAUAAUGCCCACAUCUCACAAACUAGUUCAUGGAAAGCUGAGACUGAUGUCCUCUUUAUUCCCAAGUGUGUGGCAGCUCUCGUGGGUGCUGUUAUAUGUUGUUUGCAAACUCUGGCUUUUGUGUUGGCAGUCCUCCUGCUUCCAUACCCAACAGCCAACCUAGUACUGGAUGUGGUGAUGCUCUUUCUGUAUCUCGGAAUUGAAGUCAUUCGACUAUUUUUUGGUACAAAGGGAAACCUCUGCCAACGAAAGAUGCCACUUGGUAUUAGCGUGGCCUUGACCUUCCCCUCUGCCAUGAUGGCCUCCUAUUACCUCCUGCUGCAGACCUACGUGCUCCGCCUGGAAGCCAUCAUGAACAGCAUCUUGCUCUUCUUCUGUGGCUCAGAGCUGCUGCUUGAGGUGCUCACCCUGGCUGCUUUCUCCAGUAUGGACAAGAUCUGAAGUACAAAAAUUUCAGCCAGCAGCCCAUCAGGCUGCCACCACAUGUACUUUUGGCACUUUGGCCACACCAGGGAGAUUGGUGGGCUAAGUUGUCCUGCGAAAGGCUGUGCAGCUUUUCCUCAGCACAGACGUUUGGGCAACCAACCCAGCAUAAGGUUAUUGGGUCCCAUCUUCUAAACCAGGACUAUCAGCCCAAGAGACUCUUCUACACUCCAGUAUAAUGAGGGGCAAGGUUAUCAUGUCCUGGCCCUUCUCAGAACCAGUUCCCUGCUGACCUCAAGCUCUCCUCUUUGAUCAUUGUGGCCAGACCAUCUUAUGUGCACCACCUAGACUCCUUGGGUUUCCAGCAGGACCUGAGCCACAUACUUGCUAUACGGGCUAGGCCCUACCUGUCCCGUACAGGCACAGAGAGCCUCGUGUCGGUGGCUCCAGAGUGAUGCAGGAGCCUCGCACCCCAUUUCACAGAGACUGAGCUCCAGAGCUUUUUAUAGUAGCUCAUAAUGUUAUCUUUCUACUCUCAUCAGGAAACACACAUUAUUUUAUAAUAAAUAUGUAUUUUCUGUUGUG